AUGUCAGCCGCCGUGGCGUGUCUGGACUACUUCGCCGCCGAGUGCUUGGUGUCCAUGUCCGCGGGCGCCGUGGUUCACCGCCGCCCGCAGGACCCCGAGGGCGCGGGCGGAGCCGCAGGCUCGGAGGUGGGUGCGGCGGCGCCGCCGGAGUCCGCUCUGCCGGGUCCGGGGCCACCGGGGCCCGCGUCGGUCCCCCUGCUUUCCCAGGUCCCCGCCCCCAGCCCUGGCGCGGGCGGCGCCGCGCCCCACCUGCUGGCUGCAAGCGUCUUGGCUGACUUGCGCGGCGGCUCUGGGGAGGGCUUCGGGGAGAACUCGGGGGAAGCUCUGCGCGCCUCGUCCGGCUCCUCCGGCCCGAGCCCGUGCUCCGCGCCGACCCUGUGCUCAGAGCCGGCCCUGGCCUCCAGCGCCGCCGAAGUCUCCUGGCCCGCGCACUCGUCUGGCGCGCUCGAGGUGCCCGGCGCGCCUGCCGUCUCCGGAGCGCCUGCCGUCCCGGGUGGCGUGUCUGGCGUGGCCCCUGGCGUGGGUCACGCCCCUGCAACGGGUCCAGGCCCCCGUCGGAGGCCAGUCACGCCUGCUGCCAAGCGCCACCGCUGCCCCUUCCCGGGCUGCAACAAAGCCUAUUACAAGUCGUCGCAUCUGAAGUCCCACCAGCGCACCCACACGGGCGAGCGCCCUUUCUCCUGCGACUGGCUCGACUGCGACAAGAAGUUCACGCGCUCCGACGAGCUGGCCCGCCACUACAGGACGCACACGGGCGAGAAGCGCUUCUCCUGCCCCCUCUGCCCCAAGCAGUUCUCCCGGAGCGACCACUUGACCAAGCAUGCCCGUCGCCACCCAGCCUAUCAUCCCGACAUGAUCGAGUACCGGGGGCGCCGCCGCACGCCCCGCGUCCACGCGCAACCCUCCAGCCUGGUGGACAGCUCCGGCUCCGUCCCCGGCCAGGCGCCCAGCCUUACCGCCAGCCUGUCUGACAGUCAUUGCUGCUAG